CUGACGCACCGGAGCGGAGCGGAGCGCACCGCCGAGUCUCUGCGCGCAUCUUCAAGUCCCGGCUGCUGGAGGAAAAACUGAGCCGAGUUUCUUUACAGGACCGUUCAUCAGAAUCUGUUCACCAGCCUCUGGACAGACAGGUCCACGUCUUUAGUUCCCGCAGUUUUGGUUGAACUUAUUUAACAGCCGGGAAGAUUUUUGUUUUGUUCUUUCUUUCCUGGACAACAAGACUGCUCAUUCGGUUCAAUCUGCAGCGCUAAUGAAGGAUGCGUGGACGUUCGGUUCAAUAAUCGGCAGAUAACUGAUGGGACCUGAAAGCACUUUGUCUUUUUUGUGAAGUUCAUUUUGGGACUGGAUGAUGGACGGCGGACAGUCGCCGGGGUCCCCCACACCUGACUGCGCAUCUUCUGCCAACACAUGAGCAGAUCAGCAAAAAAAAGAUGAUGAGUCCGGAAUCCAGAGGAUUUUCAGACAUGAGGGUCAGAAAUGGCUCGAAACCACAACAUCACACCAAACCCUUUUUUAUUUUGCUGCUGCUCAUUUUCACGCCGAGGGUGGAUUCAUCCUGGUGGUAUAUUGGAGCCCUGGGUGCUCGGGUGAUAUGUGACAACAUUCCCGGCCUGGUGAACAAGCAGCGGCAGCUGUGCCAGCGGCAUCCGGACCUGAUGCAGUCCAUCAGCGAGGGAGCCAAAGAGUGGAUCAGGGAGUGCCAGCACCAGUUCAGACACCACCGCUGGAACUGUAGCACGCUGGACCGAGACCACACUGUGUUUGGCAGGGUGAUGCUGCGAAGCAGCCGGGAGGCAGCUUUUGUCUACGCGAUCUCCUCAGCUGGAGUUGUCUACGCCAUCACCAGGGCCUGCAGCCAGGGGGACCUUAAGAUCUGCAACUGUGACAGCCACAAGCGCGGGCAAGCAAGUGAUGACAAGGGCAACUUUGACUGGGGUGGCUGCAGCGACAACGUCAACUAUGGCAUAAAGUUUGCCAAGGCCUUUGUUGACGCCCGAGAGAAGAUGGUGAAAGAUGCCCGAGCACUGAUGAACCUGCACAACAAUCGAUGCGGUCGAAUGGCAGUGAAGCGCUUUAUGAAGUUGGAGUGCAAGUGCCACGGGGUCAGUGGUUCCUGUUCUCUGAGAACCUGUUGGCUGGCUAUGUCUGACUUCAGGAGAACUGGGGACUAUCUUUGCAAGAAGUACAACACGGCUGUGGAAGUGACGAUGAACCAGGACGGGACGGGCUUUAUGGUGGCUGACAAGGAUUUUAAGGGAACCACCAAGAAUGAAUUAGUGUACGUCGAGAACUCCCCAGAUUACUGUGUUCUGGACCGUGCAGCAGGCUCCUUGGGCACAGCUGGCAGAGUGUGCAGUAAGUCGUCGAGAGGCACGGACAGCUGUGAGAUCAUGUGCUGCGGCCGAGGCUACGACACCAUGCGCGUCAAACGUGUCACCAAGUGUGAGUGCAAGUUCAAGUGGUGCUGCGCUGUGGAGUGCCAAGACUGUGAGGAAGUGGUGGACGUGCACACGUGCAAGCCUCACAAGCGACCCGAUUGGCUGGACAUAACUUAGCAAAGAAGGCCUGGACGUCUGGCUUCAAGAAAAAAAAAAAUUAAGACGUCCUUUAAGUGGGAUCUUUUGACUUUAAUGGAUGUGGUGUUUGAUGCUUUGACACCUCCCAAAGCUGAGACUUCAGAACUUCUUUUUGGAUGUUGGUAAACUGGAAACGAAUUGUGGUUACAAACAGAAUGUUUUAUUGAAGCGAGAUGUGUGGAGCAUUUAAGAUACACACUUAUAUAUUUGAUAUAAAAUAGAUCAAUAUUUUAUUUGCUGUUAUAAAUGUUUCUGGCUGAGGCAGCCAUGGUGCCUCCAUGCUUUUCAGGAGAUUAAAGACAUGACCACUGAAUGAGAAAAAGUUAUAACUGAUAUUGUAUCAUUUAAAAUGACUAAGUCAUUUUAUGAUACAGCAACAAAUCACUUAAAAUGUAAUUGCCAGUUGCUGCUAAUAAAAUCCUUAAAAAAAGCCAAAAGAUGCAAAUGAAACAUCUUUUAAUUAUAGUAAAAAAGAAGUAAAUAAGAAAAAAAGGAAAGAUUUUCUGUUAAAUGGCAGCAGAGUUAGCUGCAAAGUAAGAUUUGAUAAAAUAUUGUGAACAAAAAAAAUAAAUGAAAAAAAGAGAGAACUGUAUUUCACGUGAAUUUUGGGCUACUGAGUAAAAUAUUUGUGUACAAUAUGCUGCAUAUUUUCAGGUUGUGUUGCACCAUGUAAGGCUUUCUCCUUUCUACCUCUGGUUCUUAUUGCCUGUUUCUUCUUCUUAUCAGCUCCUUUAAGCACGAUCCCCUAAGGAUCAUGUAGAUUGAAACCAGUACCAAAAAGUACAAGAGAAAACAACUCACGUGCAAAAUAAAUGCAAAAAUAAUGAAUUAUUGCAUCUCAAAUUAAGAUGUCGUCAUAUCGGACGUAUCACAGGUCAGCUACAUACAUCAAACUCGUCAAAAAAUUUGCUGUAUUUCAGGUCAGGAGUCCAACCAGGUUGUUCCUAUUUACAGUAAAUGUGCUUUUUUUAAACCAUUAUAAUUGCUGCUUUUCUCAUUUCUUGUUCAUCAUUACAAAAGCCGUAAGGAAUGUUUAUUCUCUCAUCACUGUAUGACAUACCACAUUUAUAAUGCAGUCUUAUGUAAAUGUGCUUUUAGUCCUUUUCACACACAGAUCUGCAGCCCCUGAAGGUGAAAAGUGAAGUAUUUCUAGAAAUCUAGCCAAGACAUGGGAAAUCUUGUAUGCGACCCGAACAGUGAAUAAUGCAGCCAUGUCAAGUCUUUGAAGAUAUAAGUUUCCAAAGGGUUUGUGGAGUUAAAACGAAUGUGACAACAAGGCACGACAGUUAGGGGUCAAGAAAUUGUUUCUGCUCCACGUAAUGAAGGAGAAAGCCAAAGAAAACGGCUUUGAACACAACCAAAUGACAAGCUAAGUCAAAAGUUAAUAACAAACUAAAACACCUGUUUUGAAUUUGGAUAAGGCUGAGUGGAUUUUGCUUUUCUCAAAUAAAGUUGGAACAGUGA